GAUCCAGAAGAAUGUAUACUGCCAUGGGACCUACCCUAUUUUUAAUAUUAAUUACAGAAUUACUCCAGGACGUUGGCUCAAUGCCAGCUCUAUCUACCGUGGGGACACCUCCAACUCCAGGACUUUCUCUGAGACUUGCUGACACUUACAACUAUUGUGAGGGACGCUUGGAAGUGUAUUAUGAAGGAGCCUGGGGAACUGUCUGUGAUCACAACUGGGAUAUAAAAGAUGCUCAGGUUGUUUGCCAACAAUUAGGAUGUGGGAAUGCUGUGGAAGUCCUGCCCUAUCCUAAAUUUGGCUCAGGCUCAGGCAAAAUUGUCCUAAGUGACGUACAAUGCAAAGGAGAUGAAUUUUUUCUAUGGGAUUGUGAGAACGCUGGAUGGGAAGUGCAUAACUGCAGUCAUCAACAGGAUGUUACUGUUCUCUGUACAGAUGAAAAACAGAAACCAUCUGGAACUGAAGGAGAUGUGCUGUUUAUGCAGCUGGUGGAUGGUCCAAACCGAUGUGCUGGUCGUGUUGAAGUCACUUACUUUAGCAACUGGAGAAGCGUGGUUUGCGGUGAAGAUUGGGACAUAAGAGAUGCUCAGGUUGUCUGCGAUGAAUUGCACUGUGGCACUGCUCUUGCUGCUGUGACGGACGGCUCUUUUGGUAAAGGGAACGGUGGCCCUUUGAUGACUAAAGUACAUUGCUCUGGGAUGGAAUCCCUUUUAAUGUCAUGCCCCUAUGAGUAUCGUCCUACUACCUGCGGAAACUACAAUGCUGCUGCUGUUAUAUGCUCUGAUUCCGGAUUGAGUCCAAGUGAAAUGCCAGGUUUUGAAUCCAGCCCAUUUUAUUUUUAGCAGGAGCAGCUUGACAAGUGGAAUACAGCAUUUGAAGCCCAU